GUCAAAGCGAACGUUACAAGUUCAUGGAUAUUUACAUUACAUAGACUUCCGCUUUAUUCACGAUUGCCUAUAACAAAUAUAUUUUUUAUUUAAUUCUAUAUAAUACGACAAAUUCUAACAAUACGAUAUCAGAUGAAUUGAAUCUCCAUCAGACGAAUAAUGAAUCAGUUUCUUGUAAUUUUCUCGCUUACAACGCUCUUUGGCUUUGCCAUAGCUACGGAUUAUUGUUCAGCAUCUUUGUGCAAUAAGGGAGUAACUCAUGUGGCCUGUGGUAGCGAGAGCUUUGGUCCUUCUUGUCCAAGAAAUGCGGCGGAAGUGCCGAUAGAUGAAGCUUUUAAAGCCACCAUUGUUCGGGCUCACAAUGAGAAACGUAAUUUAGUUGCUGGUGGCGGUGUCAAUGGCUUGCAGCCUGCCUGUCGUAUGGCCACCAUGGAAUGGGAUGAUGAAUUAGCUCGAAUCGCCGGCUACAAUGCACGCCAGUGUCAAAUGUUUCAUGACCAGUGUCGUAAUACUGAAAGCUUUAAAUAUGCUGGUCAAAAUCUGGCUUGGAGAACUUAUCGUGGUUCGGCAAAUUAUAACGACCUCUUGCAGAAGGCCUUCGAUAUGUGGUACAAUGAAGUGAAAGAUGUUCAAAUGAGCUACAUUAAUUCAUACCCAGUUGGGUAUAAUGGACCGACAAUUGGUCAUGCCACAGUCAUGUUGGCCGAUCGUAAUAUACGUGUGGGUUGCGCUGCUGUCACCUACGAGUCACCCUACUCUCCCACGGAAACUUUCUCAAUUACCUGUAAUUAUGCCACAACAAAUAUGGUUGGAUUCCCCAUCUAUGCCAACUGUAGCUCAGCAGCUGCAUCAUGUACGACCGGGAAAAAUUCUCAAUAUCCAAAUUUGUGCUCUACCUCCGAAAAAUAUGAUGUCAAUAAAUGGUACUGAUUUAUAUUUUUGGUUGAUGUUUUGUUAUUAC